CUCGAAUAAAAAACUACUACUAUUUGAAUGAAUUAUAUGACCCAUAAUUUAGUUUCCAAAUGUGCAAUAUUUAAUGCGAAUAUUCAUGUUUUCGAAAAUUGUAUUGAAUCCAAAACUUUUGCUCAUGUCUAUUUCGACUGAUUGAGCUCAUUGGAUUUUGUUUGACUGAGUUUUGUUUAUAUUUUGAAUUCUGUUUUGAAAACCGUAAAAAAAGAUUCGAUUUGCAAUUCGUAUCGAUGGAGAAGCUUUUUGAAGAAUCCACAUCAAUUAGCCGACAAUUUUCAACAUAAUCAGCAACAUAUUCCAGAAAAAUGUUCUCCCGGUUUCAAUUCAAUUUGACACGUAAGGAUGACGAUAAAAGUGAUGUUCAAAAAUUAAUAACUAUAAGUGACAAUCAAAAUAAUGAUGAUAAUGCGCUAUCAAAUCAUCAUGAUGGACAAUCCUGUGGUCAUUCAUGGACUGUCAUAUUGUUCAUUUUUCUAUUGAUCACGUCUUUAAUUGUAUUUAUCAUUGAUGGCUAUUUCGAAUUAGCAAUUUUGUUAAAAAUUACAAAAAUUCUUUCAUCACAUUCAUCAUUAAAUUAUAUUUGCAAAACAUACAUUUCUUAUGGUUUUGUACAUAAAGAUAAUGAAGCAAUAUUGGCUAAUGUUACCGUUGAAGAUAUAUUUCGUCAUGAAACGGAAUCGCCAGAGAUUUUCUUGAAACUUCCAAUAUUGGAUAAAGUGGUAAAAAAUCCUGAAAAAUGUUCCCAUUAUUCAUGUUUUGAUUUAUAUCGAUGUGGUUUAAUCAACUAUAAUCCAUCUGAUAUACCUAAACAAUUGAAAAACAAUGUUCCACAAGAACGAAUAAAAGUAUUUGUCUAUCCAAACUAUAAAUUUGUCGUGAAAAAUGGCAAUCAAUCCAUCAACAUUUCUCAAUCACUAGAAUAUCAACGAAUUCUACGUGCUAUUGUUUCUAGUCCAUAUUAUACAAAUAAACCAAAUGAAGCUUGUCUAUUUAUUCCAAAUGUUGAUACAUUGAAUUUCGAUGAAAUUGAUCGAUCUAUAAUCGAGAAUAUUCUUUGGUCAUUGCCUUAUUUUCGGCAAACAAAUGGUACUAACCAUUUGAUAUUUGUGAUGCUAAAUCAGAAAGCCCAUUCAAAACGGAAUUGGUUACCGAAUUUUCCUCAAAUAAUGAUCGCCAGUGGAAUGUUUACUGAUCGUAACUAUCGUCUAAAUUUUGAUAUAGCCACACCUGUAUAUAGUUUAUUUGCACAACUUUACGAAUCAUGGCCAAAUUUGAAACAAUAUGAAUUUGAUGUUUCCAGAUUAAUGCAUCGGAAACGUAAAUGGACAAUCGUUUCCACACAGAUGAGUGUGAUAUCUAAACCGAAUCAAAAAUCAUUGUUACGAUUAGAGUCAUUUUAUUCUAAUCGAAUGAUACUAUUUGGAUUUGAUUGCUCAAAUUCUGUUAAAUUUAUCAAAUCAAACAAGUUACCAUUUUGGUCAUAUCGAAAUGAAUCCAGCAAACAUAUCUUGCGUUCAUAUGAACGAACAAUCGUUUGUAAUAAUGAUCGUCAAAUACAUCAACGUUAUCUAGAUGUUUUACAUGAUGCUCAAUAUUGUCUAAUAAUGCCAUCGACUGCCGUUUCCACUGGACCAUUAUUGGCCGAUAUAUUGAUGAGUGGUUGUAUACCUGUAAUUGUGGAUGAUAAUUAUGUUCUUCCAUUUCAAGAACGUAUUGAUUGGACAACAAUAUCGUUGCGCAUUCGUGAAAGAUCAUUGAAUAAUUUGUUAGAAAUAAUCGAUUCACUUUCAUCGACCGGUCGUUUACAACAAUUACGGCUAAAUGCAUUGAACGUUUGGAAUCGAUUCUUUCGAAAUAUUGAAAACAUUGCACUUACAACAUUAGACAUUAUCAAUGAACGAGUCUAUCCAAAGCCACGAAAUAUUCAAUCAACUUUUGAUGAUAAAUUUCAAGAAUUGACUCCAUUAUCAUAUGAUUAUUUUGCCAAAGGAUUUAAUUAUAUAAACCCAAAAAAUUUAAAUCUUAUUUCUGAUGGUUUCACUGCCGUCAUACUUACAUACAAUCGUCUAAAUAGUUUAUUUCAUGUUGUUUCAUCAAUCACUCGAGUUCCUAGUUGCCAAAAGAUCUUAAUUAUUUGGAACAAUCAAGCUGAACGACCACCAUUGAAUGAUCAAUGGAAACCAUUUUCCAUGCCCAUACAAGUCAUACAAACUAAUAAGAAUAAAUUGAGCAAUCGUUUUUUUCCAUAUGCAUCUAUCGAAACUGAAGCAAUUUUUGCCAUCGAUGAUGAUAUUACAAUGUUGAAUUCGGAUGAAAUUGAAUUCUCCUAUCAAACAUGGCGUGAAUUUCCCGAUCGUAUUGUUGGAUUUCCAUCACGAUUACAUUUAUGGAAUAAUCUAACCAAUUCUUGGACAUAUGAUUCCGAAUGGAAGAAUAAAAUUUCCUUAAUAUUGACUGGUGCUGCAUUCUAUCAUCAUUAUUAUAAUUAUCUUUAUACAUAUGUAAUGUCCGAAACUAUUCGUAAAUGGGUUGAUGAUAAUAUGAAUUGUGAAGAUAUUGCCAUGAAUUUUCUCGUUUCAAACAUUACUGGCAAAGCACCAAUCAAAGUGACACCAAGAAAAAAAUUCAAAUGUCCCGAAUGUUCAAAAGCAAAUAGUUUAUCUGCUGAUGUUGUUCGCCAUCUUCAAUUACGUUCACGAUGUAUUGAUCAUUUCAGUAAAAUCUAUCGGAUGAUGCCAUUAAAAUCGGUCGAAUUUCGAUCCGAUCCUGUAUUAUUUCGUGAUAACAUUCCGGAAAAAUUCAAACAUUUUAGUUUGAUUGGCAAUUUAUGAAAAAAUGAAAAACUUUGAUAAAUCAUCAAUC